UCUUGUUCGGAAGAGUAUCACCACUCCAAUGACUUUCUCAAACAUUUCUUGAAAAUAUUUGUAACCAUCUCAGAAUAUUAGCUCUUUUUAAAGAUUAAUCUAAGAUUUAAAUUAGAAAAACAAAAAAAGGAACAAAAGGGAUUAGGUGUGGUGUGGUGUAGGGUAUGAAAUUCUUGUUAGAGCUCGUCGUGCCUUGUUUUGGUUCGCAGCAGUUCCACCAAUCCGCCGCCACCGCGGAUGAUUCUAUUUCCGGCGAAACGCAGUCGUUAAUGAAACAGCGAAGGAGGCGGAAACGCGUUAGAGUUGCGGGUCAACCGGGCCAAGCGGCGGAGUGGACGCCGUCCCUCAGCGUUAUCUCGGAGCACAAGCCGGCGGUAAAGGAGACAUCGGAAAAGGUGAAAGAGAAGAGGAAAAUCCGUCGUAAAAGUGAUGGUGGCGGUGGAGACGCGUCGUCCCGAUCCGGUGGUGGUCAUGUUCGUUUCCGCAGUGACGAUUUCGGGAGAAAUGCUUUCGAACCAGUAAUUCCCGCAUUCUCACCGACUCCGUUCAUGUUUUGAGUUUCAGUUUCUUCCUGAAGUUUAUGUGUAGCUAUGUAUAAUAAUAAAUUAAUAAAUAUAGUAAUCGAAUGAUGUAGCAUUAAUGUAUGUAUUAUGUAUAUGCAUUUGAUAUUACUGCCAUCGGUAUAUAAAACCUAUAUAUGUGACUCUCAAACAAAAAGAGUUUGUCUAUCUAUGUACAAUGUAUCCGCUUAUCAUAUGCAGCACGUAGAGUGUGACU